AAUUGGAGAUAUUUUGUGUUGAACUAGACUUGUUACUUGAGAUUGAUGAAAAGCUAAGCGAAAUUAACUUGGUCUUAGAGGCGGGCGCUGUCCUAGCACUAGAAGAAGCCGGAGAAGAGAACCGCCCGUGGUGGAAAAUCUGGACCAAUUUGCUGCAGGAGGCCUGCUAACAUCCGGAGUUGUUCCGGACGAGGAUUCAACGACGUUUCCGCAAUCACUGAAGGAGUUCCUCGCCCUUGGUAUCUACAGCUGUACUACUAGUACUAUAGGAGUGGUACACUGUAGUGGCAGUAUAUUACUAGGAAUUGGAUUCAUUCGCCAGGCCAGAUCAGCCCGCGUGGAUGUGAACAUUCCACACACACUGUACUGCGACAAAAUUUCUAUUCCCAGGAGUAGAAUUUCGAUUUCUCAAGACCACUCCCUCUGUAAUAUACAAUGCAGUAACGUGAACCUCUAACCUUCGGACAUACGUCACACUACCCGUGUUCACUCAACAUCGUCCGUUGUUGUUAACACCCGGCCGUGUCGUAUCGUCUGACUGUAGGACACUCAUUGUUCUACCUAGUACAACACAUUGAAAGCAAUUAGCAAUGGUGAAAUGCCAUGUAUCCUAUCUCUGCUGGUUAGAAUCGCCACUGAUCGGUGAAGCCGUUGUUCUGCUAUUGGCUGCAGGCUGCUACAUGAACAGUCUACGCGGCGACUUUGUUCACGAUGACAUAUUCGCCAUCAAGGAGAAUCAUGACUUGCGGCCAGAAACGCCGCUUCGUCAGAUCUUCGUCGACGACUUCUGGGGCACGCCGAUGAGCAGUCCGAAGUCUCACAAGUCCUACAGGCCUCUCUGUGUGCUGACGUUUCGCCUCAACUACCUUGUCUCCGGUUUGACACCGUACCACUAUCACCUGUGCAAUGUUGUACUCCACGCCGUUGCCUCCAAUCUCUUUAUGAUCGUCGCUCACGAAGUAGUCUUUCGCAGUCGGACUCUGGCAGUGUUAGCGGCCCUGUUAUUUGCCGCUCAUCCUGUUCAUGCAGAAGCCGUGACUGGAGUUGUGGGACGAGCUGACGUGCUGGCCUGUAUACUGUCACUGCUGGGAUUCCUGAUGUAUCACAGGUGCAUAAAGUCAGGCGGUUCCACCAAUUGGCCCCUGCUGUUUGGUUCAAUUGCAUGUGCAGCGGCGGGUAUGCUGUGUAAGGAACAAGGCAUCACCGUGCUCGGCAUCUGCUUGGUCUACGACUGGCUCGUCAACACAGACAUCCUGGAGAAGAGGCAGCUCUCACUGAACGCCAUCCUGUCUGACAAGCAGCGGGUGCUGAGGUCAGGCAUUGUGCUCUCAUCCAUUAUCUCGUUGCUUGCGUUCCGCAUGUACAUGCUGAAUGGCCAGCUGCCAGGAUUUACCGAUCAGGACAAUCCGGCUUCGUUCGCUGCCGAGUGGAGCACGCGCUUCUUCACCUUCGCUUACCUGUGGGCGUUCAACGCCAACUUGCUGACGACGCCAGUGACUCUGAGUUAUGACUGGCAGAUGGGGAGUAUACCGCUGGUGGAGUCACUGGCCGAUGCUCGCCAGAUUGCCACGCUUGCUACAUUUGGAAGCCUUGCCGCCCUCUCCUUUGUGGCACUACUUCACUCUCGGGCUGUUGUUCGGCGAAUAUUACUGGUGUCGCUCUGCUUUCUAGUACUGCCGUUCCUGCCUGCUUCAAAUUUGUUCUUCCGCGUCGGAUUUGUGGUUGCAGAACGCAUCCUCUAUCUACCAAGCAUUGGCUUCUCCUUGCUAGUUGUGUUUGGUCUCAACGAACUGACAGCGGCGCGCAGCCUUUCAGGUACCCCGGACAGCUCUCCUGGUACGGGUGCGAAGCCAACGCGUCCUGAAGUUCAGCGACGAUCAGCACCUGCAUGGCCCGCCGUACUGUUUGUUGUUCUUGUGGCUGCAAUGGCGGGAAAGACGGUCGUGCGCAAUCCCGUGUGGUGGACGCGGGAGUCGCUAUUUCGCUCUGGCCUAGCGGUGGUACCGGACAAUGCCAAGGUGCAUUACAACUACGCUAACUUCCUGAAGGACUCCAGUCGUGCCGACGAGGCUAUUGUUCACUACCGAAGGGCACUCAGUCUCUAUCCCAACCAUGCCAGCGCCAGCAACAACCUCGGUACGAUCGUUUCGGACAAUGCGGAAUCCGAGCGUCUGUACAAGCGUGCCACCGAGCUCAAUCCACAUCACUCACGAGCGUUUUUCAACCUGGGAGGUCUGCUAAGGGACCAGAACCGCUUGGAAGAAGCUAAAGCUGCUUUUGAGAAGGCGCUGAAAAUUGAUGAGAAGUACGCGGAUGCCCUGAGUGGCUUGUCGGGAGUACUGGAGGCGCAGGGUAACGUAGAUCUGGCCUUGUCCAUGUUGCAGCAUGCCAUCUCACUGCAUCCGGAACAAGCUGAUUACCACCACAACCUGGCUGUCUUUUAUAGCAAUCAAGGUCAUUUGCAGGAAUCUCUUGAUAGCUAUGCCAAGGCACUGCAGCUGAAUCCAGACCGCCACAUCACCCUUAUCAGCUACGCCCGGCAGCUGCGCAAGGCAAAGCACAAUGACGCGGCCGAGGCAGCCUUCAAGAAAGCCCUGAAGGUGCAGCGCGAUGCUGACACACUGCACGCGUAUGGUACAAUGCUUCACAACUUGGGACGGCGCGCAGACUCGGAAGCUCUCUACCAGGAGGCCCUGAAACUGGAACCAGAUCACUACAAUGCUUCUGUUAAUCUGGCAGUUCUGCGGGUCCACCAGGGCAAGCCAGUGGAGGCGCAUCGCAUACUGCUGCGCUGCAUGGAUAAGCGGCCACAUGAGCUAAGUGCUUACAAUCAGAUGCUGUCCAUCUACUCCACAGCUGGGAAACAUAAAAAUGUUAUCCAGGUGUUUGAAGAGAUUCAGGCGCAGUCUACGCCCAAUGCUGAGUCGUAUGACAUGUAUGCAAACGCGCUGCAGGCUACGCAGAGAACGGAUGAAGCGAUACAGAGCUGGUCAGAAGCCGUGCGCUUGAACCCGUCGUUUGCCCGUGCCCACCUGAAUCUUGGUGCAUGCUUCCAUCUGAAGAACAAUUAUCCAAAGGCAAGACAUCACUACCAGAGGGCCUUGGAUCUAGAUCCCAGCAGCACCACAGCCAAGGAGAAUCUGGUAAAGCUUGCUCGCCUGGAGCAGAAAUCAAAGCCCAGAGCGACCUAAGCAGUGCAUUACGGCCUGGAGGAAUUGUCGUGAUUGCUACUUUCACAGCAUCAGGGUUACAAAAGCACCCACCUUAUUGUGAAACAUCUAUGUUGGACUCAGUAGGCAGUGCAGCCCCUGUAUGAGGUUUGCACCCUAUAUAAAGUACGUUGGUCUGAACUCCACACUACAAACAGUUCAAACUUGGAAUAAACUGUAUGGACAUCAACUUCAAAGUUUGACGUACAUCACUCCCUGUGGGCAUCCAGAAACAUAAACAUGAAACUAGUCCAAGGCUUCUAAUAGGUAUUCUAUCAUUCAAUUAUCAAGCUGGAUAGUACUACUCGUUUUGAAUUCGCGAGUUCAAUCCCUACACCUUAUUUGUUUUAAUUGUCCCUUUAUUUUCUUGCUGGCCAAGACGUUUUCGUGUGUUGAAUAAGUUCAUAGAUAUUUUCCAAGAUAAUCCUAAAAAAAGUCAAAAACCCAAAUAUUUUAUCACAAAUUUGAAGAAAAUCAAAACUUCUUUUACUGCAUAAAAUAUCUUUCUAAUCUCCAUUAAAACCUUUCUUUAAAUCAAACUGUUUAAACUUUUAUAAUCGGUGUAGCAUUUCCGAUGAUACUCUGAAUGAGAUACAAUGUCUGUGACUCGUGUGUCAUAUACACAAUAAUA